GAAAACAAUGCAUAUCGAAAGAAGUCAUCAUCAACAAAAGCACAAAAAAUACAAAUAAUACGAUGGAAAAGAGUGAUUAGAGCUAGCUUAUGCGGAAACGGCAACAACAACGAGAAUAACAACAAAAAGAGAAGUAACAAGCGGCAAACAACAACAACAAACCACAACAGAAAAAUCAUCAUCAGCGAGUGGCGACAAUUAAAAUACACAAACAGCAAUAAAACCAACACUAACAAUAAUGAGAACUCUUCGAGGGCAGUCUCGGCAUUGUUGUGGCCAUGUCAGCAACUACUAAGUUACAUACAGCAACAAUUAUGCCACAAUGGUUGCACUGCCUGCCCUAACUUCCCUCUGUGAAAGACGUUUAAAAUGCAUGCAACAUAUAAAACUUUGCCACACUGACACAAAUGUUGCAACUAUAGCUAGGCCAGCUGCUUUGCACGCAGCUGAUGGCAGAUUGUGAAGUGGGUGGCUGGUUGCGUGGAAAUUGAAUACACAUUCGUCGCAAAAUUUUAAUUGUUAUUCAUAUUGCAUUGUUGUUGGAUAUUUUGUUGCCUUUUGAUUGCUGUCGUUGCAUUGUUAUUGCCCACGAAGACGACUGCGUAAACAUAAACUUUUCUGUUUUUAUGCUGCUGGUGUGCGAAAUUGUGUGCGAAAAUUCUCUCUGCACACAACCGACACAUAUGUACAUAAGUAUAUAUUUUGCCCAGCGUGGAACGAGUGAGAGGGCAAAAACCUAUGUCAACAAAUGAGUUAAUAGCAACAUGAACAACAGCAAUGAAUGCUAACUAACUUUUACUGGCAAUGCAAUAAAAUAAUAAUUUAAUCAAAAAGUUUUAAAAUGGAACAAAAUAAAAUAAUAGGGUUGAUGAGAAAGCUAAAUGCAAAAACAUCUUUAGCACACUGUUUUCGCUGAAAGUAUGCGCCACAGCAUGUCCGCCAGUCUAAUGUCCUGUGUCCGGGAGAACUCCCCACCGUUGGAUGUUGUGGAUGGAGCCAACUGCAGCAGUGCAACAGGUCCAAUGUCCUUGCCUGAUUGUCAUAUGUCCACAAUGUCUACAGGCAAUCAACAACAAAUGACAUCAACGCCACUAACGACGCCAAAUGUCAACGAGAGUAGCAGCAGUGGAGGCGGUGCUGGUGGUGGUGGUGAUGGAACAGCACCACAUACUGAACCGAAACGUCGCCGCUUCCAUCCGCUGCGCAAUCUCCGUCGCAUUUUCCGUCGUCGCACCAUUACCAGCGUCGCUGAUACACCACCGAGCGCCAACACCUUACCGCCGCCCACCAGUAGUACCAGUGAAAAGAAUCUGCGCAGCGUCACACUCUCUUCCAUAUCGUCGGUGGUCUCGGCUUCAUCGCCGUCAUCUCCGCUAACCCACCAACAGCUGCAAGACGCCUACUCAUCGCAAUCGUUGCCCAAAUCCAAGUCCUACUCGAGCGGUGGUGGUGGUGCUGCUGCAAGUAGUGGCCACGCAGCAAAGUCACCGCACAGAGAUGCAUUAUUGGCUGCGGUGUUAGGAGGCAAACACAAGCAACAACAAUCGAAACAGCAACAAUUGCAACAACAGUUGCAACAGCAGUUGGAGGAAACCGCGCACGACAGUGAAAUGUAUACAACAACAUCGUCGAUGUACCAUCAUCACCAACAUCAGCAGGUGGGCAGCAGUGGCGGCGUACUCUUCCAGCCGCCACUCUCAGUGCGACAGUCGCUGGGCGUGGCCGUUCUGCCGAGCGCCAUGAAUCGCAGCUUCUACGCUGAGCGUCAGAAGUUACGCAGUGUUGGUGAUUCGUCACAGGAGCUCGACAGCAGCGGCAAUGAUAGUGGCAGCGCCACCGGCACGGCCAGCGUGAACAACACAGUUAGCGGUAGCGGCAGUGGCAGUGCGGGUCGUGACCGAACAAACGGAUGCGUCAGCAAUGAGAUGACCGACAGUCAGCGCAGUCUCAGCGAGGGACGUCUUGUGGACAGCGACUACAGUCACGAUCCACUCUCUCAAUCACAUGACAGCGUAUUUUCGGAAUCGGCAUCAGCGAGUCUCUUUUCCAACAGAGAUUAUCAGGCUGAGCUUUCCGAUGUGCUACGCAAACGUAACCGCAAUCGCCCAGAUGCUUCCGAAGAGGACCUCGGACUGCCGCGCAGUCCAGCUUCGCCGCAAAGGCGUACCGAUCGCACACAUCGCAGUCACCAGGCCACAAGCAGCAAGGGUCAUUAUAGCAGCAGCAACUACAACAAUGUAGUCACAACAUCCUCUGCCACAGGCAAUCAGAGUGAGGUCUCCUCAUUGAGCCUGCUGAGCAUGAAUAGUGGCGAUGGCGAAGAGAUAUUAGCAACAUCCACAGCUAAUAAUUCUACGAUUAGCACCAAAGAGAUUGUACAGGAACGCUCGAUGACGUCAUCAUUGGGAGGACGUAGUAUAACACGCGCUUCGACGGCAUCGUCCACAUCCGUAUCCUCGGAGAUAUAUAGGCAUUCGUCGAGCGGCAGUUUGGGUAGCGAUUCCAACCGCGAUGAACCGGAUUUGCUGGGUGCGAAAUGUCAACGACUUUCACACUCGGCUGCCAAACAUAAAAUGGCCUUGCGGCCAGCCAAAAAGAAGGGUCCUAGCCGACAGCAUCGGCGCACGCUGGAGACUUCAAUACCGGAGGCCAAUGAGGAUAGCUUGCGGUCGGCUGGCAAUACGUUACUGAAUAUAAUAGAACAUGACGUAAAAGCUAAAACACGCUCUCUGCCGCCUUGCGUAAAUGCCAAAAUUUUAGAAAAGCAUCCAACAGAUUCGAAGAAAGUGACAUCGCCACUUAAAUCAAAAUCUAAGUCUUCAGUAUCGUCUAACGAACAACUAAUAAACGUCAAACGCUCCAAAAUCGAAAAACUUGAAAAAAGUAACGAGGCCAGUAAGACCAUCAUCACAACUUCGACCUCUACCAGCAGCAACUCGAUCACGGCUGCCACCAAUCUAUUUGGUUUGCGGACACUUACGACCAAAGCGACAGCACUAUUUGAGCCGCCACAAGAGUCUUCCACAGACCCAACACCCAGUGAACAAGAGCUCAAGAAAGCGAAAGAUAAGGAAAAAGAGAAGGAUGUAACUGAUGCGAACAUGGAGACAACAGAAAGUGGAUUUCUGCGGCGUCUCAUCCAACGCAAUUCAAAACGCUCGGGCUCGCGGUCUAAUCCCGCUAGCAACGCUAAUAACAAUGUUAAUUUGGACCCAGUUUCUAUUGAAAGUAAAGCGGACACAAUUCAAAGCGAACACGACUCGAAAUCUAAGAUGCAAGUCUCAACUUCGUGUCUGGAUGUGAACCCAACACCUGACGCUAGUAUGGCCAAGCUGGAUAAAUCGCGUAGCGCUCUGUGUUAUGAACAAAAUAUCGAAGAGACCCGCAAGGAUAUCAAACGAGAAAUGAUAACUGUCGGCAGCACGGGUUUGAAUGCCAUGUUAAAUGCCCACAACUUGACGACACAUAGCAGCAGCAACAGCAACAUUAAGGAGGCAGCAACCUCCCCACAUAAACCAAAAUCAGGCGCGGCUGCUCGCCAACGUUACAUGCCGCAGGACAUUGGCUCAUUGGAUCGCAAGACAAUCAGUCAAAGCACCGCAUCCGCAACAACUGCUACAGAAUCGUAUACCAGCAGCACGAGCAGCAUACUCUCCAAGUGCUCACAGCAAGAGAUAUUCCAAUCCACGUCGAUAAUACGUGAAAUUACCGCUUCGCAGGCGUCCAGUGUCACCUCGAUGAGCAGCCUACACAAGUCAGAACAUCAUUUCGAGAAGAAGCCGAAAAUUGUUGGUCUCAGUGCGUUUCAGCAGAAAAUUUCCCGCUCCAAUGACUCAGUUGGACGUUUCACUAGCAGCGGCAACAGCAACUCGAACUCCACAAACUCCUUGGACGUCGCCGGCUCCGACGUGCCUACCUACAAAAGUCAGGAGCAAAAGCAACGAAAGGUGGUGGAGAAAUCUCGCAGUUUCCGAGCAUACCACGAGGACUCUUUCUGCACUGCUACGCCUGUGCACAACAACAUGCCCAGUUUGCCCGAUUUGACGCUGAGCUUGCGAGUGCCGUGCUACAAUGAUUUUGCACUCAACAUCAAUGGUACAGCAGCGCCCACACCAGAUCGCAGCACUUCUUUGGGCUUUGAUGUUAAUGAGCAAGAUGUAUCACGCACUGACUCCACAGGUAACUUGACUAAAAGCAGCUACAACUUUUCGAAGAAUGUCGUGAUCAAGACCUCACCUACCAAAGUGGUAACGCUUUCGCCAUCCAAACCCAGCGUAAAGGCGCUCGAUGAGCUUGAGUUCAACAAUGAUUUGCUUGCGAAGUCGCCAUUUAUAAAUGUGUUGCGGAAACCCACAAGCACCACUAGCUUGGAGGGAAAACCGGAUGUGAUUAAUGUGUGCGCUAACAGCAGUAAACUGUGUGUAGAGCAAAGUAGCGACACAAAGAAAGCGUCGUCGAUUUCAUUGGUUAAUGUGGUACCCCUGUCAGCGGACGUACCGAAGCAGGAGCAACAGCACUCACGUCCCAAGGUGUUGCAUUUGCGGGAUUUAAAUACCAGCAUUAACACUUCCUCUUCAACCGACGACUUGAAGGUGACGCCUACUACAGCUGCAGUGCCGUUGCGUGAGAAACCAAAGCUACAAACACAAGUGACAGUGGAUAACGUUCGAAAUUCCAUGAAUAUGCUUGAACCAGAUGUUAGGGCUGUGGAGCGCAAAUCGACGCCGACACCUGUAUUGCAGACAAGCAACGUGCAUAGCUCCAAGACAACGCGCCGUAGCUCUAGUUUGCUAGAUAACCCGCCGAAUAGCCAGAAUGCUAGUGAAGAGCGAAUCGUAGAGCGUACUGCUGUGGUUAAGAUUUCUGACCCCACUAUUUGCAGUAGCACCCCCAACGACGAUGGCGUUCCUGAGUUCAUGCGUAUCCAACUGAAUCGUGUCGACCCAGCGCGUAUCGCUAAGAGCUCUAAUGUAGUGCUGGCUAAGAAUGUGCGCGAAGUACGCACGCCACCGCAUCCGCAGCAACAACAGCUGUCGCCACAGCACCAACAAGCACAGCAAAAUCAACAGCAACAGCAGAUGGCCAAAGAGGCUAACGAGCGCAACACCAGUCUAGAUGAACUCAGCUUGCGCCGCUUAAGCAAUGAAAGCGUUGAGAUAAUUGAAAAGUCUUCGCCCACAGAAGUGGAUAAACAGAAACCGGUGUUCAUUAUGAGUCCGAAUAGUAGUAACAGCAACAACAACAACAAAAGUGACAAGUCGCCAACGAAAGCACAUGCGGUGGUGAACGCCUUGCCACCCAGAAGUCCAGUGAAGAAGCAGGCAUCGGUUUCAGCGACCACGCCAACGACACCAACAGACGCGGACGACGCCGUUUUGCUGCGCACUAAAGCGCCAGACACGCCAGUAAGCGUGACAGUACUCAACAGCAACAAGUUGUCGCUGCAAGAACGGAAGCGCUUAUUCAUGAGCGAAGAGAAAUUGAAGACAGAUAAGCGCAUAGAGGAGCUACGCAAUGAGCGCAAGAAGUCCAUCACAGAGGAAGUUUAUCGCAAAUCGUUCGCCAAGUCAGAGGAGAAACUGGAGACUAGCGAAAAGGCGGCGACUGAAAGCGUCGUAAUGAUGCGCAAGAAGUCUUUCUGCGCCACAACACAUUCUAGCGCGGCGACCACCAGUGGCAACAAGGACGAUCCCACACCUGAACUUAUGAAAGUUUUCGCACGUCGCUCAUUGAAAAUUAAGGACGAGGACAUCAAUGUUCUGGCAGACAAAAUACACGCUAGUAACGGCGGUAGCAUCAGUGGCGGCAAAAAGUUUGUGCCCACACAGCAGAACGUCGACAGCGACAAGGAGAAUCAAUCGGCAAGUGAAGAGAAACUCGAUAAGUUGCCGAAACUGGAGGCAUCGAUAGAGUCACAAACGCACGUGUGUGGCAAGUUGACAAACGGCAUCAACAAUCGCAAUUCGCUGGCUGACUUCCGCACCAAAUCUGUAGUUGGCAACAGCGGCGCGGCUAUUUCGAAUGGGCUGAGUUUGAAUAACAGCAGCAACAACAAUAACAACAACAACAAUCACACUGCCGCAAAUAGUAAUCAAACCACCGGCGGACAUACUGUUAACAAUACCGCCACCGCGAACACCAAUGUGAACACCAUCAGCAACCCCACCAGCAAUGGCAUCAGCGGCAAUCGUAGUUUCCUGCCGCCCAUCAAAGUUGCCGGCUUCCGAACUAUACCCAUCGAGCGCAACAACAGCGUUAGCAAAAUCUAUCCAACAACGGCGUGUGAAGCGCUAAACAACAAUAAUAAUAACAACAGCAACAAUCUAAACAAUAACAAUCAUCACCCCAUACACAGCCAUUACCACCAACAAAAUGGCAAGUCGAACGAGCGCCAAUCAUUGAAUGUAAAGGUGAGCGAGAGCAGCAGCAGUAACAGCAGCAACAACAGCUCCUCAAGCGGCAGCAGCAACACCAACAGCAAGACAAUCGAGCGCUCGGCAACUGUUAGCGAAUUUAAGGGUAUACAUCAGCGUCGCGCCGAGUGGGAGCAGCGCGCCAAAGAGGCGUUGAAGUAAAUGACUGAAAGAAGGCGAGUGGGCCGCGGCGCAUGAGUUGAUGUAAGGGGAGGGAGCAAACGUUGCAGCAGAACUUAACGUGACAAACGAACGAUGAACGAACGAGCCGAGAAGUGUAAGACAAUGCGGGCAAUGGCUAAUGGCGUUUUCUUUUCUACCGAAAAAAUGUUACCUUCUAAUUGCCCGCUUUCUGUAGAAAAUAAAACGCUAUAAGUAAAAGGCGCGCAUGCGCAUGGGUUGCGGUUAAAAACGCUUGCGCUUUGGCAGCGCUAAAAACUUUUGAUUAAUAUUUCUUUAAUGAAAAUUAUGCCGUAAAGUUGUAAAUGUUAUCUACUAACAAAAAAUCUUAUAUAAAAAAUAUUCGACAAUGCCAAGGAAAUAUGGAAACUUUACUAAUUAGUUGGAGGUGAUGUGUGAAUGAGUGAGCGCAAAUAGCGGCCAAAAAUUUAAAUGGCUAGUGUAUGUAGAAUGGAGACUUAUUAAUUGUAUAGUCGCAAAUGCUUACUAUAUCAGGACAAAACUAAAAUAGAACAUUUAUGGAGCGGUUCAGUGUGGUAGAUGUAAGGCUUGCAUACAUCGUUUCGGUAUUAGAUCACACGUAGGCGCUUUGAUAGGGAAAUCGAAAUCGUUAAAGGAUAGCGGAGAGCCAAUGGGAAAUGUAUCGUCUUUUUACAGGGACUUUGAAAUACAUAUAUGUAUCUAGAAUUUUUGGCUCUCUUAACAGGGUAUUGACCAGAGCAAGAGCUUUUACGCUGUGUGCGACAGACGCAUUACGUCCAUGUACAUAUAUAAGCGAUGGGCAACUCCCUGCCCGCGGGCAAAGCUUUCUAUACAUUUUGUACAGGCACGUGCAUAGUAAAAGCUCGCUCUGCCCAUCACCGAUGUGUAUUAAUGGCGCAAAGAGCGGGAUUUCAUUCUUUGUGUCCCUAAAAAAUUUUAUAGAAAGCUUUACAAACCUUCUUCCGCGAUAUGUGUAUGAUCCGGUCGUGCUUGCUCUAUAUAAAUAGUGAUAUUAUUAUAUUAUUAUGUUAGUUUUAUAGUAAUAUAAAACACAUUUGACCACACCAUACGCAAGCGUACCAAGCAUUUAAAAGCUCUUUAUACAAUUAAUAUACCCCGAUAUAAAAUAAAGUUUAUCCUGUGGCCAACACUGGCAUAUAAUUUUUAGAAAGAUUAAAAAGUCUCUAUUCACUAGCAACCAUGAUAAAAAUAUAGUAAGGUAGAACCGCUGAGAGUCACUUUUAAAAUUCUUGACGUUUCCA